CUUAGUUUUCCUUGUUGCUAAUCUCUUCACUCUAAUUCUCUAAAGAGAUGAGGAAGUUUUUGGUAGAUAGAACAAGGAUUGAGAAUGUAAAUGUUGUGCAACCGGAAACCGAAGUAGAAGAACCACCGCCUAAUGUGGCCAAUGAGUUUAAUCCAAAUGAGAUUGUGCGUGAUCCAGGUCUUAGGAAACAAAUUUGGGAGUAUGCUCCGGAUAUUCAAGACCAAGUGAGGAGGGCAUAUAUAUUGAAGGGUCCAACACAACCAAAUUUGGAAAGUUUUCCUCGUACUCAAUUUGGGAGGGAUGCAAGGUCAUUUUCUAGAUCAUGGUAUAACAAAUAUACAUGGAUUGAAUAUAGCGAAUCGAAGGAUGCAGCUUAUUGUUUUUAUUGCUUUCUCUUUAAGCAACCCGGGAGGGCCGAGCACUUUGGUUAUGAAGUCUUCAACAAAGACGGAUUUAAAGAUUGGAAGCAUGCAUCUCAAGGAUUGAAAGAUCAUAUUGGUGGUCAUAAUAGUAUGCACAACAAAUGUAUCAAGCAUUAUGAUGAUUAUAAGAAUCAAAGACAAAGUGUGACAAGUAAGAUUGCUAGAGCAACUAGGGAAUCGGAAGAGUUGUAUAAGAUCCGCUUGACUUGUUCUCUUGAUUGUACUAAAUUUCUCGUAUCACAAGGCAUUUCUUUCCGUGGCCAUGACGAAACGUCUAAUUCUCUAAACAAGGGAAAUUUUAGAGAGUUGAUAGAUUGGGAAAAAUCAAAGAAUGAACAAGUGAGAGAUGCUUUUGACCGUGGGGGAAAAAAUUGCAAAAUGACUUGCGGUGACAUUCAAAAGGAUCUUGCAAUGUCUUGUGCACAUGAAGUUAUGAAGGUGAUUACGGAAGAGCUUGGUGAUAAACAAUUCUCUGUGCUUAUUGAUGAGUCACGUGAUAUAUCCGUCAAAGAGCAAAUGGCGGUGAUGUUGAGGUCAGUAGUUGUAUUUUCCAAUUUCUACAUUGUUUGGUUUUUUUGAAA